AUGCUUUCCUUCCUCAAGGCUGCGAAAGGAAAACUCUCGAAAUACUACGGUAUGACAGAUGAUGUCGAAUGUGAUCUCUAUGCAAUUGGGACGAUCUUGGAUCCGACGAAUAAGAUGGAGUUCUUUUCAACAAGCUAUCAACAACCAAAUCAGCGCUUGAAAGGGCUUGUAUGCGCGACCUCUCGAGGCUAUCAAUCGGUCCGUAGUACGAUGAGCCUAAUAGAUAUCUUCAGAGUGAGAAAUCAUGAGAAGGAAUUCUCUAUUCUUGCAAGUAUUACCCGUGAUAUGAUGUCUAUUCUAAUGCCUAGUGCUGGAGUUAAGCGUCUUUUUAACUCUGCCCGGGACGUUUGCUACUAUCGCCGGGGGUCGUUGAACCCAGAUACUGUUCGCGAUAUCACGUUAUAUUUAUGCACAACAAGGUUCGACAUUAAGGAGGAGCAAAGGCUGAUCCUCCAGGAGUAUCUUUCAGAGCAAGAGAUCGCAGCCACAUCUGAGGAACUCGAUAUCGAGACACAUUGCUCCGAGGCCAUUAGUGAUACUGAGGAAGAUAUCGAGUUACACCUUGAUACGCCAGCCGUACCACUACUCUCAGAAGUCGCCGCUAAAAAGCGGCCGGCGGUCACUUUCGGUGAUGAGGAAGUCCCUAACGCCGAUGAAUUUGCGGAUCCAGAAGAGAACUCGGUAUCACCCUUGCCUGAUACGCAUUAUCGUGUUUCAUGUAGGAUGCGGAAAAGGUUGAGACUUGAGAACUUUGUAUUCGAAUCUAAUUGUUAUGUACAUUAA